AUGUUGGCGCCAUUCCUUUUCCUUGCCUCUGUGGCCAGUGCAAAGGUGUUCCACAGCCUGCCCAACGUUCCGCAAGGCUGGAGCCUCGUCCGCAAUGCGAGUCCGUCAGAUGCCAUCUCGCUCAAGAUCGCGCUGCGCCAGCGCAGUGCCGACGACCUCGAGAGAGUUGUUCUCGAGGUGUCUACGCCUGGCCACCCAAACUAUGGCAUGCACUUGACACGCGAUGAGGUCAGGUCUUACACAGCCCCUUCAGACGCCGCUGUCGACAAUGUUUCGAUUUGGCUCCGUGACAACGGCAUCGAGCCUUCUGUCAACAACGACUGGGUGUCGUUCACGACGACAGUCGACCGUGCCGACGCACUGCUCGACACCCGCUUUGACUGGUAUCAAUAUGAAGACAGUAACACACCUGUCCUCCGUACCCUGGCAUACAGUGUCCCAGAUGCCCUGACCAACCAUCUCGACAUGGUCCAGCCGACGACCCGCUUUGGCAAAUUUAGCACACACAAAUCGACCGUCUUCAGUAUGCAGUAUCUUGAAGACAAUGAGGACAGCAGCGCCAAGUCCGCUCUGGCUGUCGCGGCCCAGCAGAACGAUGUCGCGUCGUGCGGCAAUGGUGUCACUCCCCAAUGCCUCAAGACCCUGUACAACAUCAACUAUACUGUUACCGAUCCAGCCCAGAACCUCAUCGGCUUUGCAUCCUACCUCAACGAGUACGCCCGCUACAGUGACCUGGCACUGUUCACAAAGUACUACGUUCCCGCCGCCAAAGGCCAAAACUUCUCUGUGGCUCUCAUCAACGACGGCAAGAACGACCAAAGCUCUGCAUUUGAUAGUGGCGAGGCCAACCUUGACGUCCAGAACAUCAUUGGUAUCAGCCAUCCCAUUCCCAUUAUCGAAUACAGCACCGGCGGCUUAGGCCCCCUUGUCCCUACACCUGACGAGCCGACACAGCCUGGGAGCAACGAGCCCUACCUGGAGUUCCUGACGUACAUGCUGGCACUGAACGAUUCAUCGCUCCCACAGACCCUCUCGACAUCGUAUGGCGAAGAGGAGCAGUCAGUCCCCCCCGAGUACGCCUACAAGGUUUGCAACUUGUUCAUGCAGCUUGGAGCUCGCGGUGUCAGUGUUCUCUUCAGCUCCGGCGAUUCAGGCCCUGGCGAUGCCUGCGUGCGCGUAUCAGACAACAAGCCCUAUUUUCAGCCGAGCUUCCCGGCUGGUUGUCCCUAUGUCACCGCCGUUGGAGCCACCCACCAAACUGGCCCCGAGCUGGCCGUGUCGUUCAGCUCCGGUGGCUUCAGUUCUCUCCACCCCCGCCCACCUUACCAGGAUACUGCUGUCUCGACGUACCUCCAGUCCAUUGGCGACACAUACGCCCCAUUUUUCAAUGCUUCCAACCGCGGUUUCCCAGAUGUUGCGGCACAGGGCAACAACUUUUUGAUUUUCGACAAGGGCCGUUCCGCACAGCUUGCGGGCACCAGCGCAUCGGCACCUGUUGUUGCUGGCGUGGUGGCUCUUCUGAACGCAGCUCGUCGCAGCAAGGGCCUCUCGCCGCUGGGCUUCCUCAACCCAUGGUUGUACAACAACACGGCAGCUUGGAAUGACAUCACCGGCGGAGCUGGCAUCGGCUGUACCAACACGACAUACUUUGACAGCCCUGCUUCGUGGAAUGCGACAAAGGGCUGGGACCCGGUCACCGGCCUCGGUACUCCCAAUUUCCCGGCACUGCUUCAAGUUGCCGCACCUGGCGUGCCAAAUCAAUAG